CUUUUGUUAUUUUUUCCUGUUUAGUUUUGUUAACCAAUGUAUCUACAUUGUUUCUGGAUGAGGAUUGUGGGGUUGUAUCUCAGACUAGAGAUAGGAUAAUGAACGGUAAGCCUGCGGCGAUCCUGGACAAUCCCUGGAUGGCCCUUAUUAAAACGCCGAAAGAGUUUAUCUGUGCAGGAACGCUUAUUAAUCAUCGUUUCGUCUUAUCAGCUUCGCAUUGUCUUUGCGAUUCGCUCGACUGCAAGAAAAAACACACUGCACUCAUAGUUCGUUUGGGAGAGUAUGACCGAUCGACGGAUAAUGAAUCCUCAGACGAAGACUUUAAUGUGAUAAGGUUCUACGAACACAAGUCGUUCAACAUAACCUCCCACAUUGGCGACAUAGCUCUGCUGAAACUAGAUAGAAGUGUGGUUUACAAGCCCCACAUUCGACCGAUCUGCAUUCAGCUAGAUAUCAGGUACAAACCGGAAGCGGACUUCAUCAGCAAAUACACGGCAGUUGGCUGGGGAAAGACGGAGACGGGUAACUUGAGUGAUGUCCUUCAAACGGCCGAGAUCUACAGACUGGAUAAAAACACUUGCUUAAACUUCUUCUGGGGAGUUUUGAGCGAUUCACAAAUCUGUGGAGGCUCCCACAAUGGAGUCGACACCUGUAAGGGGGACUCCGGAGGACCCUUGUACUCCAAAGUUUCAGACGGAGUCCUGGGGCGCCAAACUCAAUUCGGAAUCGUUAGCUUUGGAGCUCUAGAAUGCGGCGGAUUGGGUGUGUACACCGAUGUAAUGAGCCAUGCCGACUUUAUAGAGCGAAUCGUCCUGGAAUCCGACAUUACUGUCCUACUUCCGAAGAUAGACUUGCUGGAUGAAGGCUGUUUGGAUGACCCAAAACUAAGAAGUAGAGCGAAAUCGGCUGCCGACACUUUUCCAUGGCUAGCCCAGGUUUUCAUGGACUCCUUUCUGAUUUCCUUUGGAGCACUUGUAUCUAACAAAUUUGUGAUCACGACUGCCCAGCUGAUUCCCGAAAACGCUCCACUAAAGGUUCUUUUGGGUGAAUUCAGUGAAAGUAUUUUGCAUGCCUAUAAAGUCAGUUCCAUACACAAGCACCCUGAAUUUGAGAGCCUGACUAAGAACGACGUAGCUCUACUUGAAUUAGAGGAGAAAGUGGAUUACACUGUUUUGAUUAAACCAAUCUGCCUGCCCUCACUAACUAACAAGGCGGAACAAGAGAAGUUCCAGAAGAAGGCUGAUCGUGCGCAGAAACUGACUGCUGUUGGCUGGGGGAUCCGGAGAUCAGUGAUGGUUCAGAAGGUCGAUUCAAGUGAAUGUUACCAGGAGGACCUCCAAGAGAUCGGGGAUAAGCAAAUCUGCAUGGAGCACUCCAUUUCCAAUAUUAUGAGCAUAGGCAGUGGCAGUCCCCUGUUUCUAAAAUCUCAGCGUUCAUACUAG